GUGAAGAUGACGAGGGGGGCCCUCCUCGUUUUCCAAGUUCAACGACCGGUUGGUCAGUGUGCAAACACACAAAAAAACAGAGCCCACAAUUCCGUCUUUCGUGUUGAUUCCGUUGUCCAUAAUAAUGAUGGAUUACUCACGUUAUGUGCUUGGCAUGUAUAUCAUUCGCUUUCCCCUCCCUGGCCGUGAACUUGGGGAAUUAGGAAGCCAUGGUUGUAGUGCGUGUUUGAUCCAGCGUGACUUUCUUCACCUUCACACAAUUCCAUGGCGUCACGUGAAGAAACGAGAAUCAAUUACGAUUCCGGUCUGGUGACGAUAUCGAGAAGUCUGGGUUUCCGUUCAGCCACACAAGAUAUUGCAUAUAUUGAAUUGGGAUCGUUAAAAACAUCACGUGUCGUUGCACCUUAACGACGAUGGGCGUAUUUGGUUGCGCCACGUUGACUUUAAAAGAGGAAGGAAGAGAGUGAGAGCACGGGGGGUUUGCGACCUCCAGAAGGGGAGAGAGAAACACGUCGGAAUCUUCUUCUUCUUUUUGUAAAAGACUUUGGCAGCGACCUCCUCCUCCUGUAGUCACCAUAGAGGAUAGGUUUAAAAAGCCUACGACUCUAGUCUGCACGUGUUCAGUUGCCGGCCGAGUGUCGAGACUUGCACAACGAUCUCAGCAAACUACUUGGAAGAGACCAGGUGAUGAGAAUAUGAUGGCCAACUUGUUGAUGUUCCUCACCGCUGCGUUCCUGAUUUCGUACGGAAGCGUUCAUUCAGCUGCUGCCAAGAAUAGAAGAGGACGUCAAUGGACUGGAGAGUUGGCAGAACCGAUCGAUUGCAGUUUUCCGCUUAAUGUCGGACGAAAUUCAACAACGUCACAUAAUUCACCAAUCGAACGAGUUUCUUUCUGCAAUUUUACCACAAAUGGGCCGUUUGUCGACAGUACACUUCCUUGGCGGAAGGGAUUAGCUUCAUUGGGUAACUGGCUCGGCGGUCCGGAAACAGACGCUUCUAAUUCCUCCGAUGGGGGAUACGCAUUCUUCGAGACUUCCUUUCUGCCCGGACAGCACCAGCAACAGCAAUUACCCGGAGUUCAACCUAAGGCGUGGCUCAAGAGUCCCGUUUACCAGGCCACCACCCCUCACGGCCAUUGUCUCCGUUUUUCCUACAACAUUCAGGGUGUGAGCGCUUCCAAACUGAGACUAUUGCGCGUCCAAAUGGUGCCGACCCUUGAAGGUCAAAGCGCUGCACCCAGCGUUUCUUCGGCGGCUGUUCCGCUUAUCGUCAACAGUAUUUUGAUGCCGUCACUGUCGUCCAAUUCUCAGCAGAAACGACAGGCUGGCUUGUCAUUUCCCGCUCCCUGGACUCCCUUCCAGACGAUUCUGGUGAACAAGACGGGCUGGCAGGAAGUGGUGGAUGAAGUUUGGCUGUCAUCCGACUCGACUCGCGGCCAGUGGCUGGACGGCCACGUCACUUACAGUUCCCCCUAUCCGCACGCUUUCAUCUUCGAAGCUGUACCUAAUUUGGCUUAUGCACAGUACCGCGGCCACGUCGCCAUCGACGAUAUUCAAUUCUCCAAUGGUCCUUGCGUCGCUGAAUGCGAAUUCAAUGCGGACUUUUGCCAGUGGUCUAACGAUCCUGACGGUGAUUUUGAUUGGUCCUUGAGUCGGGGCUCCCUGUGGACGAGUACGGGGCCGUUACGCGACCAGCUUUCAUCGCAGCACAACUUCAAUUUCGGAGGAUAUGCUUUUAUCGAUUCAAGACAUCCCCAUUUCGCCGGCAGUCGCGCAUCCUUGACGAGCGACAUCUUACCUGCUACCGUUACUAAUAGUCAAUCAGAUAACGCCGUGUGUUUCGUCUUUUGGGUCCAUAUGUUUGGCGCUGGCAUCGGUAGUUUGAGAGUGUUUCAGAAAAGCGCCGAAAAUACUUCCGAGGCAUCCGGAUUGGCGGAACAUGAAAUCUGGCAGUUGACGACCCAGUCUGGACCAAGAGACUCAUGGUACCGGGCCCAAGUUACUUUAGCCUCUUCGUCUCCAUUUAAAAUUCGCCUGGAAGCGACGGUUGGUGAAUCUGGUUAUGGCGAUAUUGCUGUCGACUCUUUCCGCAUUGAAAACGGAUCUUGCCCCGGUUUGCCAGAGUGGGCGGUUAAUAGAGGCUUUGAUUGCACUUUCCAAAACGGUUUAUGUGGUUGGGUAUUGACUAAUAGCCGGCCCGGAAUUACGUCAAUGUGGACGAGAAAUGCCGCCGAUAUCUUCUCCGGUCGACCAGAUGGCCAUUCACAGCAAAACGUCCAGUCUCAUUCGCCCAACAGUUACAUGCUGUUCGAUACUUACUUGAAUGGGCACAAGCCCGGAUCGCGGGGCUUCGUCUCGAGUCAAUUACAACGCAGCGCGGAUCCUCAUUGCUUGUCAUUUUGGUUCUACAUGGCCAGCGCUUCGCUGGCUCACCCCCGAUUGGGUGCACUUGAGGUGGUCUUGUUCGAACCCAACUCGAGUCGGAGCAGCAACGAGACAAUCAAUGCUGCCAAGCACACUUCAGUAGUAUCGAGAACUUUGUGGCGUCUGGAGAAUCACCAAGAGGAGAAGUGGCUCUCCGCUCAGGUGUCCUUCGUACCUGCUUCUGGAGGAUACAUCAGCUUUGUCGGCAUAAGGGGCGAAGGAUUACGAGGGAUCAUUGCCAUCGAUGAUAUUACGCUCUACAAAGGAUAUUGCCAAGUUACUCCGGCGGAUGCUGCUGUCAGCCCUUUAGAUUGCAGCUUCGAUCAAAACUUGUGUAAUUGGAGUGUCGACUCGCAGUCUGUCGUGCCAUCCGUCAGCAGCGAAGCGCUCGUCUCAACGGAGAAGGAAGAUCAAGUUUCCGACACAACCGAAAUGCCACCGACAACUACGUCCCGUUUGGAUUCGGAGGUCAAAACUACGCCCGACGGGGAUGGCGAAGAGCCGAUUGUUUUCCCCGACGACGGCGUGUCAGCCACGACGGACUAUCCUGUCGUUUCGUCUACUGCAACUGGUGACGUCGCCCUCCCGUCAACAGGCAUUGUCGAAUUGAUUGAAUUGAUUCCACCGCAGACAACGAUAUCACCUGCAACCGAUGCCACAACUCAGACGGCCAGCUCUACCACCACCGAAAUACCAACAACAACAGUAUCUCCUGCGGUCACAACGGAAAUGUUUACGGAAGGAUCCUCCAUUGUUUCGACGACCCCGUCCCCCACAACAACAACAACAGCGGCGCCGACAACAACAACGGUGGUAGCAGCCAUUCAAUCGAGAUCGUCCCCAACGACUCCAGCUGCAAGUCAAUCGAUUGUAAUCAAGUCAGUGUCGGAAAAUGCCAACAAGGACAGCACCGUGAGGGGAGUCUCUGGACUCUACGACGAGAUUACGUCAUUUGGUGCUAAUACAAUCGAAGUCAUCAGUACUAGCCGUGAUGGAGCCACGAAAUCGAUCAUCAUCAGUCAACCGGUGCGUAACCGCUUCCGACGCUCCGGUAAAUGGAUUGGUUACAACCGUCCACGCGAUUCCAGGAUCGUCAAUUUACGAAGCUCCACAGCGGAAGAAGGGAUCUGGCGACGUCCUAAACCUGUUCCACAUUGGCUCCGGUCACGCCAUCCAUCAACCUUUGAAGAUGGACAUGGCGAUCCUUAUUCGGUACACCAGGCAUUUUCAUCGCAACGGACGUCAUCACCGCCCAAAUUGUUUGGCGUUUCCAAUAUUCCUAGAGCUCCGGUUAGCGAGCCAAUUCCUUCUCAUUCCUCCGCCGGGUCUUCUACCAAUGGCACGGAUUCAUCUGUGAAGGAUGACCCACGUUGGGUAAUGUCAGACGUUUCCUCAUCGCUUUAUGGCGUGCGUGAUCACACGCUCCAACUGGCCGAAGGUGGCUACGCUUUCAUGGAAGGUAAAGGCAAGUCGAGCGUGAGCCGACUCUUUUCUCCGCCAUUCCCCGGCAACGCAACCCACUGCCUGUCUUUUUUCUUCACCAUGGCGUACAACAGCCCCAACUCAACUUUGACAGUUUACCGGUUUAGUAGUGGUCGAUUGGACGAGCUGUGGAGGGUGACUUCGGCUGCCAUCGAUCGAUCCGGCAACCGGAACAAAUCUCCGUGGAUACCUGCUCGUGUUCCGAUUCCUUCAAGUGGAGAACUUGAUCAAACUCUCGUCAUUGAAGCGUCUACGGAUAGCGGCGGGAUCGGUUUAGACGACGUUCGCUUUAAACAAGUUUCCUGUUCAGUUCGUCCCUGAAAAGCUAAUCAUUCGACACCCACACACACCACUCCUAAUUUAUAAUUGAAAACUUUUAUAUCACAUUCGCCUUUUUUGAAAUUCUUAUUUGCAUGUUUGAACGAAAAUACUAAAAGAAAAUUUACGAUUC